AUGAAACGUCUUAAAUCCAUUUUCAAUUACAAAAAAUCAAAUGAAAAUGAACAAACUCUCAGAGAAGAUUUUGCACGAAACAACUUUAGUGGAACAUCAAAACUUGAUUUAUCUAAUUUCGAAAAAGAAGAUUCAGUUGAUUUUCGUCAUCGAUCAUGUUCAUUAAAUGAAAAUAAUUUGAAUUUUCAAGAAGAUUCUCAAUGGCAAUGUCAAUUAUGUGACACAACUAAUUCAACUGAAAAUCAAUCAUGUUCCAAUUGUCAAACAAAUAAAUUUCAUGUUUAUAUUCCAAUGAAUCAUCGAGAUAAACCAAAUCAUUAUCGUCGAAGUGUUCUCAUUACACAAAAACGUCAAUUCGAUGAACAUUUUGUUUUAAAACAUGUCGAAAAACUUUAUCAAAAUUUAUUAUUAACACAUCGACGAUUUCAUGAUCAAACAUUUCCUGCUUCAUCUCAAUCGAUUUAUAUUAAUGGAUGUUCAUUUUCGAAAUCAACUUUAGCUGUUCUACCUGAACAUCAAACAAAUUUAUCUUUAAAUCGUCACAUUCAAUGGUUAAGACCUGAUCAAAUUAAUCCAUCGGAAUGGAAUCAAAAUUCCACUUCUCAAUGGACAGUUUUUCGAAAUCCAAAACCAAAUGAUGUUGUUCAAGGUGCAUUAGGUGAUUGUUGGUUUAUUACUGCAUUGAGUGUUCUUGCUGAAGAAGCGGAAUAUUUAAUGAAAGUUUUGAUUACAAAAGAAUAUAAUCCACAAGGAUUUUAUUAUGUUCGAUUAUGCAAAGAUGGUGAAUGGACACAAGUGAUUGUUGAUGAUCGUUUUCCUUGUACAUCAAGUCAACGUUUAGCAUAUUCUCAAGCACAUCGAAAACAACUUUGGGUUCCAUUGAUUGAAAAAGCUCUUGCAAAAUUGAAUGGAAGUUAUGAAGCAAUUAUCGCUGGUCGUUGCUGUGAAGGUUUAGCAACAGUGACAGGAAGCCCUUGUGAAACAUUGAUUCUCGGUCGAACAAAUAAUCCAGAUGAUAAAAAUGUUGAUCUCGAUCAACUUUGGAUGAAAUUGUACAAUGCACGAUUAAAGAAAUUUCUUAUGUGUGCAAUGUGUAGUAAUAAUCAACUAUCAAAAGAAGAAUUUCAAAAAUCGGUGNCCACAUUGACCACAAUGACCACAUUGACCACAAUGACCACAUUGACCACAAUGACCACAAUGACCACAUUGACCACAAUGACCACAUUGACCACAAUGACCACAUUGACCACAAUGACCACAAUGACCACAUUGACCACAAUGACCACAUUGACCACAAUGACCACAUUGACCACAAUGACCACAAUGACCACAUUGACCACAAUGACCACAUUGACCACAUUGAUGUCCUUCUAUUUCAUAUUACUACAAAUUACUCCUAUUUAA